AGAAAUUAAUUCUAAAGAGAUAGCAAUUUACGGUUUCAAAGAAAAGUAAUGCAAUCAAAUUUUUAGUGUAAAAAAAGAAUAAUGAGUUAAUGAAUAAAUGCCAAAAGUGUAAAUCCGCCAAAAAUAAGCCAAAUACUUUUAUACAUAAAAAUAGAAAUCAAAAAGUUGCAACUCAUAAUCUCUUGCUUGAAAACGAGCGUGAUGUGUAAAAUCUAAAUUAGAAUAUAAAAAUGUGAAGAAAAAAAGAAAAAUCACGUGUUCUUCAAAGCAAACCAUCAAGCAAAUGUAAAUGUUCUUGUCCGCGUCAACGACACCAACAACAAAAUGGGUAACUCAUCAUCAUCGCAUGGCCAAAGCAGCGGCAGCAAAAGUAGCCGCAAAUGCCGCAGUCUACCCAAUUCGCCGGAUGUUAGAAGACAAAUACCCACCGCUUAUUCUAAGGCCAAUGGCGGCACUGCCAUACCAUUACCCGCUACUGUUAUGGUGCAACGACGUUGCCCACCGGAUAAAGUACGACCACUGCCACCGACACCGAAUCAUACGCCAUCUAUACCCGGUUUGGGCAAAAGCGGCGCUGAAUUUAAUAGCGGACGAUCGAAUAGUCCACCAACUACAAAUCAUACAAUACAAAGUCUGAAAACUGGCAAUAAUAAUGGCUUACGCCCGCCAACGGCUAAAUCAUCUCACCCUAGCGGCAUACCGCCACCAAGUGGCAUACCUGCUGCUGCAGCGGCUGGUCAUGUGGGUCCAACGUUGCCACAACAAAAACAUUCAAUGUUGGACAAACUCAAGUUGUUCAAUAAGGAAAAACAACAACAACAAAACGCAGCACACGCUGCCUCAACGAAAAUGCAGGUGCAAUCCAAACGUACUUCAUCCUCUUCAGGCUUCUCUUCAGCACGUUCCGAACGCUCGGACUCAUCGUUGAGCCUCAACGACGGACACAUAUCACAAAUUAAACCGCCCACAGUCAGCGUAACAUCUGGCAAAGGCAAGGUUAAUACCAAACAAUCCAAAUUGAUGGCAGCACAAUUAAAGAAAGACCAAGCCAAAGUCAGUAAACUUGAUAAGAAGGAGAAGAGUCCAGCGCGUUCGCUGAAUAAAGAAGAUGUAAGUGGUGAGAGUCGCAACUCAACAAUGGGUCGGGCGAAAAACUCACUGCCGCGUGUUAGCGAAAAGAAUUCAUUGAAGUCCGCCUCAAAGAGCUCACUCAACUCGAAGUCUGAUUCGAAAUCCUCACUGAUUGUGCCGCCCACUAAAGGACUUUGUAGUCCGAAUGGCGCAAACACUGGGCUACCCAAACCCAUUGCUGCCAUAAAGGGUACCAGCAAAUUGCCGCAAUCCGCAUUGGGAAGCGCUGGUGGCAGCAGUGAUAAUCGCAUACGCGGUGGCAUGAACAGUUCGAAUUCGCAACAUGAAAUGCUGAAACGUGAAAAGAGUGACAUAUCAAGCAUGCAUACAAACAUAUCCGGUGACAACACAAAAGCAAGAGAGCAACAACUGCAACAACAACAACAACAACAACAACAGCUGCAACAACAGCAACCACAUAUCGUCAAACCGGUGCCGAUUUUACCGGAGCCGGGAAGCAAGCCACCAUAUUACGCCAAUACAGCUAACAUAUCACAGCAACAGCAACAGCAACAAGUGCAGCUACAACAACAGCGGCAACAACAAUAUCAGCAACAACAGCAGGCUUACUACAAUCAGCAACAACAACAGCAACGAGAUGAGCAUGCCACAUAUAUAAACAACAGCCGGUUACCUCCACCAAAAACCGCUUCAUCCCCAAACGCCAGCACACCUUCGCGCAAACUUGAAUAUAACUCUGGUCCCGGUAUACUUGCUUCACCGCAACGUUCGCCUCUACGCGGUAAUCCAGCUCAAUCGCCAGAUUCGCCAACAGCACACCAUCAACACCAUCACCAUCAUCAACAGCAGCAGCAGCAUUCGAGCGCUUCCUCCAAGUUCCAUACAAUACCCUCGAGAAUCGAUACUAUUUAUGAGGAAAAGAAACCGACAAGUCUACUGCCUAUGCCGCCCCUACUACGCGGCUACAAUUCGCAUGUCACGUUGCCAACACGUGGCGUACGCGGCGGUGGCGCUCAUAAUUAUGUUGCCGAUUUCGUUGAGGCUGAAAUCAAUCAAGGUUAUUGCAGCGAUGGUGAUUCGUUGAGAGUGAGCGCUUCCGCACGUCUGGCUCAAAGAGCCGCCGCAACAGCUCGGCGUUAUCAUGACAUCGAUAAUGGUUAUUUGUCCGAGGGCAGUGGCAGUGUUGGUCAUCAUCAUCACAAUAUGUUGAUGGGUAGCGGUGGCUUAAGCUCGGCGGCCCACACUAAACACUUUUUGAGCAUGAUGAGGGCGCGAACUCAGCUGCCGACAACCAUCGAAGAGCGUGGUUCUAAGGCGCAAGCAGUUUCUUUAAUCAGCCGUUCUUUAAUGAUGAGAAAGUCGGCUUAUCAGUUAUCGAUGAGUCGAUUACUGAUCAAAUCGGAGAGAAGAAAUCGAUUAAUGUUGCGUUGCUAAUUUGGUUCCGUAAAUCAACGGUACUAUUGGCUGAUAAUAUCAAAUAAAAUAUUUAAUUAAUCAACAUUCAAUUUGUUAUCGAUGUAUUGUCUAUAAUUUCUUUA